AUGUCAACUGAAGAAGACCGCCAGGCAAAGGCGCGUGAGGCUGAAAGCAGAGAAUCUGCGCGACUCUGGCGCGCAUGGCGGACAGUCCAUGAGAUGCUUCAGGACAGAGGCUAUACGUUAACUGAGGAGGAAGUUACCAUCAGUCUUGAUAAUUUCAAGAGCCAGUUCACCGGCGCAGAUGGCAGCAUCAACCGCUCAAUGAUGAAGUUCUCCGCCAAUCCCAGCGAUGCUAUGAUGAAGCGAUACUCAAACCUUCCUACCGAUCGCGAGCCCACCCCAGCUCCUCCAGAUAUCGGCACCAUCUGGGUUGAGUUCCUCCCCGACAGCAACGUGGGUAUCAAGCAGAUGCGGAACUUCGCACAGCAUCUCUCCUCCAAUAACUUCCACACGGGCAUCCUCAUUACAACCGUCAAUAUCACUUCUGCCGCGCUCAAGAUUAUCCCAGCUGUGGCAGCUGAUACACGGAUUGAGACUUUCCUGGAGCAGGAUCUGCUGGUCAACAUCACCCACCAUGAUUUGGUGCCCAAACAUGUGUUGCUGAGCAAGGAGGAGAAGACCGCGCUGUUGCAGAGGUAUCGAUUGAAGGAUACACAGCUUCCGCGUGUUCAGACGAGCGAUCCGGUUGCUAGAUACCUUGGGUUGAGGAGGGGCCAGGUAGUUAAGAUCAUCCGGAUGAGUGAGACGGCGGGGAGAUAUGCCAGUUACAGGCUUUGCGUCUAG